ACUGUGACAUAUGUCCGUCCAAGAAAUAAAUAAACAUGCAGUUCUCCCUCCUAUCAUUAGUAGAAGUGACAAGGAAUUUUUGGAAAGAAUGCAAAGAUACAUAAUUACAGAAACUGAAAGAGUGGGCUGUAAUGAGGAAGGACCUGCUGAUGAAUAUUACAUCAUAUACCGAAACGUUUUUGAUAAGGUAUCAUAAUGCUUUAAGACAACAGAGUUUUUAUGUAGUAGAAAUGGUCUAUCUUGACAACUAAUAUUCCUGCCUUAGUAACACCACUGCUUGUUUGACUACAUUCCAUUCGUCAGUUUUGAGAAGUUCAUCCAAUUUGUCAGAAAGGGAUGAAUGGGGAAAAUGCAAUGCUGGAUUUAUAUUACUAGACAGUUAAUGAGAGUUUCAGUUAUUGUAGCUUAAGUGCAGGCUAUCAGUUUUUGAACAGCAACCUAGCUGUGCCCUCUAAUAUCAUUUUGACCUUCCAUCUCAAAUCAUUAUCUGAUUUGUUAGGAAUUGGGCUGUAAGCAUGAACCUGGUAGUUCUUUGUUGUUUUGGGUUGGUUUGUGGUAUAAUUAGAAUCUUGGUUUAGAUUUGAUCUAGCAUAUUAAAUUGAGACUCCUUGUAGAUUAGAGGUCUAGAUAGGCAUAGUAAACAAGGGGUUUAACUGCACUGAAUGUUGGAAAUAUGGAGGUAAGAAAAUGCUGUGGCUUUAUGUAACAUUUGAUUUUGCUUUUCAAGGUUUUAGAAAUACCUGCUUUUCCUUAACAACAAUUGCAAUAUGGCCACCGAUCCUCAUUUUUUUAUCUCACUUUUUUUUUUUACCCACGUAAGAUGCCCUGACAGUAAAAUCAGUGAAGUCAGCACUCUUUCCUCCUUACCUAGAAGAAAUUAUUACUUAUGUGAAGACUUCUGUAAACUAUUGGUCUCUGAGUAAAACAGCCAUAGGCAAAAUAGGAACUCAGUGUUUUGUUUAAAUUUUAAACAUUACACACUGAGUCUUAUUUCUCCUCUAAAUAAAAAUAUAGUGCCUCACUCUAAGGAAAAGUGAACACAAAGUAGUGAUAUAUACCUACAAGUGGAAUUAAGAAAAUUGAUGCAUAUCCAUAAAAGUAUAAAAUGGAAAAAAAGAAUAUUUUCUUCCUUUUAAGUCAUCUGGAAAAUCUGUCUUGGAAAAUCUGUGUCUGGCAGAUUAGCUUCAUUUUAUAAGUUGUUAUGAUCAAUGAAAUUGUUUUGGUGUUUUAGUCAUUAAGGAAUGUAUUAGGUGAAUAUUUAAAGGUACUGAAGGUAGUGUAUUGAAUAGGUUUUAUAAAUAUCAAGAAUCAUGCUGAGACUCUACUUGUGUGAAAUCAGCAAAGGAAAGUUACCAUAAUUGUAACAUACUUAUCUUUGCAUGUCUAAAUGCUAACACUUGUCAGAAGUUUUCUUACAUGAAGAGCUCUCUGCUUUAAAUUAGUAUAGUUAUAGUGAUGUCAUUUUGGAGGAGCUUUGGUAAAUUUAAUUCUUAGAGAAAAGACAUGGGAUUAAAUAAAAGAUAAUUUCUGUAUCUUUAGUCCUUUUCUCCAUACCCCCCAGGAUUUCCCUUUGGACUGUUUGUACAUUGUACAGUUAUAAAUUGUACAUUUGUACAUUGUGAGGUAUCCUAUUCUUCAGGACUGAGAGGGGUUCUGAAAUAGAAAUCAUUUGGUACUUAGAGAAACUUUUAUUCUAGCUUCUCAAUAAGAUAAUCUGCCUUUCCAUUUUCAUGUUAUUCCAACACAUUUGAUUGUUAAUAAACUAUUAAUGCCUGCCUUCUCUAAUCUUCCUUCUCGGAAGGAUCUGGUUGGGCAAAAGAUGAAAGUGUCAGCUUGCAUCUCUGAGUACUUAGAACCAGAGAACAAAUACCAAAUUCUGUUUAAAAUCAAAGAUAGAGGAUUUGGCCUAGAGAACCAUGCCUAAAUCAAAGCAAGGAGGACCUGAGGCUGUGUAACAAGAGUUGAGGGUACGUUGCAGAGAGAGCCAAGGACUUAGUAAGCAAAGGACUUAGUAAGCAAAGAAAACCAAAGCUAGGAAGAGUGAGCUUCAACAGAUACGGGUGAAUUAUGGAGGUAAUUGGACUCCAGAAAGUGACUGGCCUUUUGCAUCCUGGUAGCGUGUUGUACAAAUAGUGUAUAUUCGUGUACUGCUGAGGUGGAAUGGAUACCAUUCCUCCUCUCCCUCAGAUCCCUGUACCUGGUAAGGAUGGCUCUGUUUUGGGGGGGGGGGGGUUAAUGGAAACCUUAAUACCGGAGUCUGAAACUUGAAUCCCUAGAGGCCAAGAAGGUCAUACAAAAGAGUUAAGUGUACUGGCUUUAACAGAAUAAGGAAUCAUGGGGACUGUGGUAAAAUGAAAAAUCAAUCCAAUCUAAAGCUCCAGCUGAUUACUGCCAUUAAGGAAUGGGGGUUCCACGUUGGUAGAUUUUUCAGUUUUCAAGAGAACCUGAAAAUUUGGGUUUGGGGUGAAAUUUCCUAACUUUUAAAAUAUUUUGUGGACCAAGCAAAACUGUUCUACCUCUGGCAUACAAGUUUCCCUCCUUUACUUUAAUGCAUUUUCUGUGCAUUCUUAAAGAUUCCUAUGGGUGUUCUGAAAUCUAUUUCUUCUAGCAAAACCAUGUGGGAGCUGAUCAUGAUGUUACUACAAGUCUGUUUUCUAUCCAUUAACAUAUCUGAGUUGUCUUGAAUUGUUGCAGCACCUCAUAGAGGCUUGUGGAGUGGAGUAUGGCCAGGAACCGUGGGGUAUUUAAUUUGGAAGACCACAGAUUAAUGACCUCUAUUUUAUUGAAAGUUGCUGGGUGGCAGUCCUUUGGGUGGAUAGGUAGUAUGGUCAUGUCAAAAAGAUGACCAGUAUUUCCCAUUCAGUUAUCCUUUCCUGGUGCUUGGCAUUGAGCAAUUAUCUCCUUAUGCCAUUUUUUUUUUUUUUUUUUGGCUGCAUGGCUUGCGGGAUCUCAGUUCCUCUACCAGGGAUUGAACCCAGACCAUGGCAGUGAAAGCGUCGAAUCCUAACCACUAGACCACCAGGGAACUCCCCUCCUUAUACCAUUUCUUGAUAGACCAGAUGUCUACCUGGAUAAUUUUUUCUAGGUAUUUUCUAGCUAACAGUGUGGUAUACCAGAGACUAGAGAUAUAGUAAGGGUAGAAAGCCUAAUUGUAUCUUUCAGAGAAAACUGUGGAUUGAUCACAUCUAUUCUUUAUAUGCCUCGACACCUUCCAACAUCCUUGUGAGCAGAAUUUGGCAACCAUAAAUUAUUUUUAACUUUUUUUGUUUUUUAACUUCUUUAAAGUGCUCCUUAGUUAUUAUUGUUUCUUUGUAUGGGUAAUGCCUACACAAGAUUAACCAGGAAAAAAAAGAAAAGAAAAGAAAAGUAAAAGAACCGAUAAGAGUAUACAGUGGAAAGUCUGGUCCUUCUCAUCUUAGACCCUACUUCCCUUUCCUUCUCUGUAGGUUUCUAUUUUCUUCUAUUAACAAUCCAGAGAUAUUAUGUAGGUUUCCUUCUCUGUAAGUUUCUGUUUUCCUUUCCUUCUCUGUAGGUUUCCAUUCUCUUCCAUUAUAGUUCCAGAGAUAUUAUGUAUUUAAACACCAUUGUAAACCAUGAAUGUAAGGUAUGAAUGGUUUUCUCCAGUUGCACUUGACAUCUUGGGAUUAGAAAUGCAGUUUGGAAUUGAGAGUAUUGAUCAGCUAGUCGGAGCAGAUGGGUUAGAAAAACAGGGAAGUGAAGGGAGUCCAGGAUUUUAAGGUCUGAAUGAAGUCCUUCAGAGACUAGACUUGGAGGUAAUGAGGGACGAUAUUUAAUAGUAUUUAAGAGAUCCAGAAUUGAGAUAAUUAGAUCUGGUAUUGGUUUUAUCUGACCUCGUAUAAUGUAUGUGUUAAUUCCUAGUAGAGCAAAAAACAUGGUUUUUUUUUCUCUCUCUCAUAUUUAAGCUCACAGGAUUGUAAUGAUUCACAAAGAGCAUAUAUUCAGUAACAACUGUCUUUAAUAGUGGUAUUUGCAUAUGAAUGCAAGCUCAAAUUUGUAAAAUUUUAGAUUUAUAAUUGCCCCUCAUGUUUCAUUAAAAAAAAAUCUAUAAUCUGUAUUUGCAAGUCUUUUGAUCCAUAGUCUUCUAGAAAAAAUCAUAUUUUAGGUAAUAGAGUAUGUCACUGCAUACAAAUCCAUUCUUACUUCAAUCAAAAAAGAAUACGAUGCCUUUAUUGAGACAAUAAAGAAAAGCCAGAGAACUGCAUUUCAUCUUCAUGGAAAACUUAAAGUUUUGGCAGGAGAGCCCACAGCAUUGGUAUAUCAUAGGAAAAGAAUAACUCAACUUAAAGCAAAGAUGAGGCUUAUUGAAAAUAAUUCCUCAAAGAUUCAAUUGCAAAUAGAUGAAAUGAAACAACUUAGGGCAGAGUAUGACACAAAAGAACAAUAUUGUAUUUACUGCAAAGAUCCUUCAAAACCUAUUCCAGGCAUGACUCUCCAAGAAUCUGUCAGUUUAGAUGCUCUCACUAAAUACUUGAAACAUCUUGAAGAUAAAUAUGCAGAAAUUGAGCAACUUAUGUCAAAAAAAUAUUUACCAGCUCAGAGGAAGGCAGAUUUAGAUGAGGAAAUGAUUGUGGUAUUAGAACGGCGAGAUUUAGCUGAAAAUCUGAACAAUGAAUUACAGUUCCGUCAUCAAAGACUGCAGAUUAUUUCACAGGCACUUACUUUGUGGGUAAAAUCUGAUAUGAGCAGAUCAUUUCAAGACUUCAUGGAGCACAUUCAGAAAAGUAAAGAUUUACACGGUGAACAAGGCAUUGUUGAGGAACUACUUGAAGAUGACCCAGGCAAGGCAAAAGAAGCUGAAAUUUUGCUAUACUACGUUGAAAGGUUCAAUGAAUUAAUCUCACUUGGAGAAUAUGAAAAGGCAGUUUAUUUUGCAGCAAACAGUCCUAGAAGAAUUCUUCAAAACAUUGGGACAGUGAGUAAAUUUAAGGCUGUUGGAAAAACUAGAGGAAAGCCUUUCCCAUUACUCUCAUUUUUUGAGGCUAUCUUUAGCAUAAGUCAUGCUUUUAAACAUCCUGUUGAUGCAGAACUAACCCUGGAAGGAAUCAAAUGUGGAUUAUCUGAAAAACGUUUAGAUUUAGUUAUCAAUUGGGUCACCCAGGAAAGGCUGACAUUUUCUGAGGAGGCUGGGGAUGUGAUUUUUGAUUAUGGGGAGCAGGAUACUUAUAACAAGCCCAAGUGUCUGGCUUUAGCUCAGAUUAUCUAUAGUGAAUGUGGCCUGCACAAGAAAGCUCUUCUUUGCCUGUGUAAACAGAAUCAAAUUCAAGGGGCCAUGGAAUACAUACAACAAUUCAAGGACUUUACUUCUGAUGACCUGAUGCAGCUAAUAAAGUUAUGUCCCCACACUGAAUUAAUUCAGUGUCUCACUAGAGAAUGGAAUGGGAAACCACCAUAUUUAUCUUUUGGUCUUGCUGUACUUCACCUGUUCUCUGUAGAUAUGAAAAAAGUUGGCAUUAAGCUUCUUCAAGAAAUAAAUAAAGAUGGGAAAGAUGCAGUUGAACAUCUUAUGAUAAAUGAUCCAUUUUGCUCCCUAGAAAAGUGGCAAGAAUUAGCAAAUAUAUGUUUACAGAAUGGCUUUGACAAAUUAUCUAAUGACAUCGUGUCUGUUCUUCGAUCUCAAGCUGGGGUUACAGAAAUUUCUGAAGAGGAUGAUAAAGUCAACUUGAUGCAGCAUGUUUUUUGGUAGUUCUACAUCUUAACCAGUUGAGGGAGCCUGUACAACAUUUUAUAUAUAUCAGUUAGGCAAACUGAUUUUGGUAUAACUAACUUAUAAAUAAAUCUGGAGUAUGAAGUUCUCAGAAAUA